AUGGAGUCUCUGGAACCGCCCAAAUCGUUGAGUUCGGUCAAGCAUAUCAUGCUUAUUCUCUCUGGCAAAGGAGGCGUGGGCAAGUCGUCUGUGACCACGCAAAUAGCGCUAGCUUUGGCCCUCAAGGGAAAGAACGUGGGUGUCCUAGAUAUCGAUCUCACAGGGCCUUCGCUUCCACGGAUGUUUGGCGUGGAAAAGAAACAAGUCCAUCAGUCACGGUCUGGCUGGGUGCCUGUUCUCGUGGAUAGCAAAAGCUCUGAAAACGGGAGCGUCUCGUUGAUGUCGCUUGGGUUCUUGUUGAAACAGCGGGGCGACUCGGUGGUGUGGAGAGGCCCCAAAAAGACGGCCAUGAUUCGCCAGUUUAUGAAAGACGUGGUAUGGCCUGACUUGGACUACCUACUUAUAGAUACGCCACCAGGCACCUCUGACGAACACAUAGCUAUUGCUGAAGAACUACGAUGGGCGCAGCCGCUUGAUGGAGCUGUCAUCGUGACUACACCGCAACAGGUGGCUACGGCAGACGUCAGAAAAGAGAUCAAUUUCUGCAAGAAAGUCAAUUUCAACAUCGUGGGUGUGGUUGAGAACAUGAGCGGGUUCAUCUGCCCCUACUGUGCCGAAUGUACCAAUAUAUUUCUGAGUGGAGGAGGCAAACAGCUAUGUGAUAGUCUUGAUCUAGAUUUCUUGGGCUCUGUGCCCAUUGAUCCUACGUUUGUUGAGAUGAUCGAGAAUCAAGACACGUCCGAGGCGGAUCUGGACAAAAAACUCUUGCACUUGUACAAAUCAGCAAACUUGUACGGCGUGAUGGACAAGAUUGUUGGACAGAUUAUAGGCAAGAACUUGCCCGCACGAAUAUAG